UUUCUAAAGCAGAAAGUCGAUAGAGUGAAGCUAAUGAAAUGGCCGCUUCAGCUGAUAUUUCCAACUCAGCACUGAGCCGCCCUGCUACAGAACUGAGGAUUGUGUUGAUUGGAGGAAGAUAUGAUGACCAUUCCAGCGGUAAAAGUUCAGCUGGAAACAUCAUCCUGGGUCACAAUGUUUUUGACACCAGCAGAAGAACAGCUCAGAGUGAAGCGAGGCAGCAGGAAGUACUCGGCAGACGACUCACAGUGGUUGAUACUCCAGGAUGGUGGUGGUAUUUUCCAAGAGAAGAAACCCCAAAGCUGGAUCAGAUAGAAAUCCAGAAUAGUGUCCAUCUGUGUCCCCCAGGACCUCAUGUCUUUCUUCUGGUCAUUCCUGUUGGUUCAGAUUUCUUUAAUCUUGUCAAACCAUCUCUAGAGGAACACCUGGAACUUUUCAAAGCAGAUGUUUUCAGUCACACCAUCGUGCUGUUCACUGCAGUCCAUCCAUGUAGUGAUGAAGCCCUUCAAUCUAAAAUCAGAAGAAGCCCAGUCCUGCAGUGGAUCCUUCAACAAUGUGGAAACAGAAAACAUGUUCUCAACAUCAGCAACAGAGAAGAUAGAGUUCAAGUCAAGAUGCUUCUAGAGAAAAUCGAGGUGAUGAUUGAACAGAACAGGGGCAGACACUGUUCUGUUGAUGAAUCUGAUGGAAAUGCUCUGAGAGAGAGACUGAAAGAUUUGGUUAAAAUAGCCCCAAAAAAGUUUGAUGGAGUUCUGAAACAAAGAAGAAACCUGAAACUAUGGAUUAAAGGUGGAAAAGUUCCUCCAAACAAUUUGAGAAUAUUGAUGAUUGGUGAUUCAGGUGCUGGAAAGAGCUCAGCAGGAAACAUCAUUCUAGGAAAAAAUGCAUUUGGUGUUAAUAAAAGUGUUGGAAGAAAGACGACAUGUAGUGAAAUAAACCACAGUGUGUUUGAAGGAAGGCGGCUCACAGUGGUGGAUUCUCAUGGAUGGUUCUACAUCCACACCCUUCAGGACACCAGUGAGAUGGACAAACUGGAAAUAGAGAACAGUGUGAAUCUCUGUCCUCCAGGACCACAUGCUGUGCUGCUGGUUAUUCCUCUGGCAGUACAAGUUGAUGCAUCAUAUCUGAGAUCUAUCGAGGAACACAUGAGUCUGUUUAGAGAAGAAAUCUGGAAACACACACNAUAUCCUUUACACUCCUUACAUUAUUCCAGACCAGCAGGACAGGAAACCAGCAUCACAGCUGAGGACAAUCAUGAUCCGCGGGCACUUAAACUGGCUCUGGGGACGUGGAAUGUCACCUCACUGGUGGGGAAGGAGCCCGAGCUUGUGCGGGAGGUGGAGCGAUACCAGCUAGAAAUAGUUGGGCUCACUUCUACGCACAGCCAGGGCUCUGGAACCCAGCUCCUUGAGAGAGAUCUCAAAGCUCUGGUGGAGGUCCUGAUGCCAUUAACAGAGAGAGUGUGGAGACACUGCAUGGUGCUGUUUACCUGGGGAGACUGGCUCAAUGGCCUCCCUGUAGAGAACUACAUCGUCAGAGAGGGCAAGGAGCUCCAGGAGCUUCUGGAGAAGUGUGGGAACAGAUAUCAUGUUCUCAGCAGCUUUGAUUAUGAUGAUCCUGUUCAAGACAAAGAGCUGUUCCAAAAAAUUAUCAACAUGGUAAAACAGAACAAAGGAUGCUUCAAGACUAAAGGAAGAAAAAAGAAAUUUCAGUUUCUACCUUGGCAAGGAAAGAAACGGAAGCUGACAGAAGAGGAGUGGAACAGACGGGAGCAGGAGCUGAUGGAGAGAAUGAUGAAAGCUUUAGAAAAGGAACCAGAGAAACCAACAGUGCCCUCUGUGGAGGUGGCAAGAAGUAAGGAUGACGGAGUCAUUCCAGACAUGAGCGGAGAUGUUUCCUCAGAAUAUGGGAGCAAUUUAGAGAUUAGGAACCAACGAGGUCGUAACAACGUAGGUGAAUGGCUGACUAACAGAGGGAGAUGGUCUUUCAGCUCUGGGUAUAGCAGCAUGCGUUCCUCAGUCCAUUGUAAGCAGAAACAGAAUGAAAAUCUCCAACAGAUUAAAAUCUUCCAAAGAUUAGUUAAUUCUCACAGAGAAUAAAGAAGAUCCUCUGAACAUUUUCUCCAAUCCUUCAACUAAACACAGGAACUCUUGUUCAACCAAAAAGCUACAGCAAAAAAAAAGGAUGGAAGCUAAAGGAGAACACAGGAUGGAAUAGGAAAAUAUACCAGCUUGGUGAUUCAUCAGACCCAUGUUGGUCUAAAAACUCUAGAUCACAUGGUUAAAAGUCCUGGUCCUGUAAUGUUCUGGGUUGUUUUGGUCCCAGAAAUAUAAUUUUUGGCACAAAUGUGAUGUGUUUUCACAUAUCUUUAUGUCUAUGUAAGGCGUGUGUCUGAUGUGUUUAUGUAAAGGAAGCUGUAUUUGUGGUGGGUAUAUGUGUCUAUAGCAGAUCUAUAUUUUGUGUCCAAAUGCCAUCUAUUUAUUCUGUCUGUGAAAUAUAUGUAGAUCAAGAGUUUUUUUGUCUUUGUCCUAUGUUGUUUAAGCAUGUUGUUGAACCUGUCAUCAUCUUUUAUUAUCACACAAAGUCAUUUACCCUCUUGUAGUGUAUUAAUCUGCACCAAUGAUUAAAAUAAAAUAGAAUUUAUGUUUUAUAAGUUUAAAUAGUUGUUUUCACAAAUACAUUUAUAAAAACCUUCCAAGGCCAAAGUGAGAGAAGCAGAGCAGUGUGUGUAUGACUGCCUUCCAAGGCCAAAGUGAGAGAAGCAGAGCAGUGUGUAUGUGUGUGACUCUGCACCUGGCCCUUGGAAGUUUGGACCCAUAUCAAGGUUGCCCAGCUCAGCUAAGUUUAGCCAAACUAAUUGUGAUGAAUUGAGUUGUCAUCUUCAAAACACACUGUGCAGUACUGGUCAUAGAAAAGGGUGAUGCUUUGCUGGGACAUGGAACACACAUGGAACACCAGAGUUAUGCUGACCUGGCUUGAAGUAAUACUAUGGUCUUAGAUCACAUUGGAAGAAAGGCUUAGCUUUGACAUAUUAUUGAUUAAAUUGUCAUAAGUUUCUGAUUUAAGUGCACCAGAUGUCAUCAUGACCUGUGAGAUUGCUCUCAAAGAAAUAUUAUAAUCAUAAGUUACAUUGGAUGAAAGCUUUGUUUUGAAAGGUUGAUAAUUAAGAAUAUGAUGUGUCUAUGAUAUAGUAGCAAUAAAUGUCAUCAUGAUUUGCAAAGAAAUGUCACCAUAACCUGUAACAAAGAGUGUUGAUUAAAUAUAUAAGAAAUAUGCUUUGAAAGGGGUUUUCCACCGAUAAGAUAAAAAUAAUUGGUCUUACCCGUAGAAAAACACCUGAAAUGAUGUAAACAAAGGAGGGGCUUGGGGGAGGAGCCCCAAGCCCAAUGAAAUGUAUAAA